AUGUCAAAGAUUGUAAGACAAAAGAACUUUUUAAAUGCAAUUUCAUACACAACAAAGAAACCACAGGUCCUUAUCAAUGGUAGUAAGUACCAAGGUAUCAGACUAACCUUCCAGGUUGAGAACCACAGCGGUCAUAUGGGACCUCGUAUGUUAUGGAGAAAAUACUUACCAACUUUACAAUUCUAUAACCCGAACCUCAAAAUCGAUAUCAUCAGAAUUUAUAAUAAAAAUAAGGCAGAAAAUAUCCCUUGCAUACUAGAAGUACUUGACAAGGGUGGUAAUACGGUGGAAACAAUUGAUAUGAAGAACAAAAUGUACGACAGCAUUAUGGAUGAAUUCCUGAAUAAAGUGGACCAUAAGAUAAUUCCCGAGGAAGAAUUAGUCCAUGUCUAA